UGGAAACAGGAGUUUAGAACAAAGGACCGAAGGAGGGGUGAAUUUUAAGAGGCGUUUUUGCUUGAAUAUAAACACUUUCGUAAGUCUUCGACAAAAAAGUGUGCCCCUAAGCUGCUUUCUUAAAUCAAAGCGAGAAAAUGGACAACUUUUCAAAAUUGCCUGAGGAAUGCAUCUCUGAAAUUCUUUCCUUAACUUCGCCGGCGGAUGUAUCCGCGUUUUCUAUCAUCUCUAAGCGAUUCAAAUCAGCAUCCGACUCCGAUACUGCUUGGAGCAAAUUUGUGCCGUCGGAUAUUGACGAAAUCAAUUCCAAAUCUUCGACUCCACUGCCUUUUCAGUUACCGCCGCCGUCCAAGAAGCAUCUAUUUCUUAGCCUCUCCGAUAAUCCGAUUGUCCUUGAUGCAGGCAAAAAGAAAUUUUAUCUGGACAAGUGUUCUGGCCAGAAAUGCGUUAUGAUUGGACCUGCCGAGCUUUCUUUCUUUGGGACCAAUGUUCAGGCAGAGUACCCGAAAAGCAGACCUGACCCAAACGCCAGGUUUGUUACCAAAUUGGCAAUUUAUACCCUUCAACGGGCGCAUGAGGGUGGUGCGCUCGGUUGCAGAAUGACGCAGUUUCAGGUUCAAUGAGGUUGUUGAACUCGCAUUCAAUGCUGGUGUGUUUGACAUUUGUUUCAAUUUGCCAAAUAAAAUGUUUUUAUCCAAGGAAAUACAUUACUCGUGUUAUUUGAUGUACAAAGAGAUAGAUGCAUAUGAGGCGGAGGAUUAUGAAUAUAGUGAUUCAGUCAUUGAAGCCCUUAAGAAUGUCCCUAUAAUUGGAGAUAAGAAGAGGGUCGCAAAAGACGGGUGCGAAGAGAUAGAAAUUAAAUCCUUCUUCAACAACGGAGCAAAUGACGACGAUGAGGAUCUGCGAGUGUCGGUUGGUGUUGAUUGGUCGUAUCAGCGUAUUUUCGUUCAAGGAAUCGAGUUUCGGCCUCGUGAUAUCGUGAGAAAAGAUUAUCGCAGCUGUUAUCCGGAUGUACUUUCAUCACUGUUAGGUAAAUUCACAGCUGAUAUGUUCCCUCCAUGGAUGAUGGAUUCGAUGGAAGAGCUAUUCAACGGAUGUUGCCCUGAAGCUAAUAACGACUAGCCCUUGGCAUCCAAGAAUAUGAACUACGGAGUAUUAAGCUUCAUUUCAUGUGAUUUUCCUUUUCCCCAAAAACAAAGACUAGUGUUGCAUGUCAGAUUUUGAAUGGAUUUUAUGUUUGCCAUUUGUUAUUUGAACAUUAUUAUGAGUAUCACCAUCUUUUGGAUCACUAAUUAAUAGCUGUGAAAGUUUAUUUUUAACUUUCUCUCGUUAAGACUCAUUUGUCUGUUCUAUAAAUUGAAAUAUGAAGAUCUUGACUA